UCGCGCACCGAUUUGCCGGAACGCGACACGCGACAUGAUGCGACAGUGAGUAAAACAAAACAGAAACACCAAAUGGAAGCGGAUGCGGAGAAAUUUUUAUCAUUUCGUUGACGUGUUUUUUGUAUGUAUGUUGUUGGUUGACGUUUCGUAAACGUUCCAAUUAUUUCUGAAUUAUUUUUAUUAAAACAAAAUAUGUUAUCAGUGAUAUGGAUUCGUAAAUCUUCAAUUUCAUUUAUUGCAUCGACGUAUCGAUAAUUCGUUGACGUUUUGUUCAAACUUUCAUCCAUCUGCCGCACCAAUUUUGAUGACUUCUUGGAACUUGUUGAUCAAUACUUGAUCCAAAUGUUUAUCUGAAGAUUAUGAAGUAUUGUUGUACGUGAGUCGUGAAUCAUUCGAUUUCGACGUAAUACCUAUUACUGCCUGCGUUCAGUAACCAAGAUGGAUUUCGAAAAGUUCAAGCUGUUGAUGUGGAAAAAUUACCGUUUGCGGCGGUUCCACUGGAUCGUAACUUUGAUUGAAUUCGUUUUACCAAUUCUAAUCGCUUAUAGUAUGGUCGGAAUCACUUCGGAGUUUUCUCCAAAUAACACCGCCGAAGUAAAUGAAACUAUCUAUCCCCCCGAUUCGAAGGAUACGUUCAUUUUGGAAGCCAAACCCGUUCAAUUGUACUAUGCUCCUUCAGUUCCGGUCAUCGAUAAGUUUAUGGACCCGAUAAGAAAGAAUUUUGCAUCUGUGGUGGGAUUAUCAAACGAAGCUGAAUUAGAAAGUACCCUGAAGAAUCAGAGUGGACGCUUUAAAAGUAAUGCUAUUGGAAUCUUCUUCCAAAAUAUCAACUCCAGUGAUUCGUUACCAGAUAAAUUUAGCUACGUAAUGAGAGAUGUAGAUCAAUGGAAUACACGAGUAUUAUAUCCUCCAAUAGAAAUUGCUGGGCCGUAUGCUAGCCAUCCAUAUUUUUACAAAGGUUUCUCUGCUGUUCAAGUUAUAAUAAAUGAUAAUUUUAUUCAAUAUAAAACGAAUCAAAGUGGCUCGCAGGUGGAUUUCGAGUGGUUUCCGUAUCCUAAGUAUACGUCGGAUGAUAAUCCAAGAUCUUGGAUUUCCUUAGGAGUUGGUUUCAUCGUUGUUGUAAUCAUUCUAAUUGUAUCGAUCCCUUUGAUUAGCGAUAUAAUCGAAGAAAAAGACAGCGGUGUCAAGGAGUUGAUGAAAAUAACUGGACUGAACGAGUGGCUGAUGUGGUUCAGUUGGUUUGUACACGCCUUGAUUGUCAGUUUGGUUUCUUUGACGAUAGUAACAAUCAUUUUAACGUAUCCUUUCCAUGGAUCUGGAUCAGAAGCUAUUCAUUUCGUUCAAUUUUCUGUGUUGUGGCUGAUUUUGAUACUUUACUGCGUGGCGAACAUUUCAUUCUGCUUCAUGUUUUCAGCUAUUUUUCAGAAAACUACCAUCGCUUCGUCAAUAUUUACAAUUUGUUUCAUGUUACUGCUUAGUGGAAUCAACUGGAUGUUAACCCAUGCUGCCAACAAUCCAGCGUUAAGAUUGGUAACUCUUACUCCUGUGGGCGCGUUUAUUCUAGGAUUUUCUAGGAUACGUUAUUACGAAAUGAACGGCGUUGAAUUCACUUGGUCAUCUGUCACGGCAUCUGAAAAUGACCGGAAUUCGGUUUCAUUAUUGUUUUGUUUGUUCAUGCUGGUGUUCGAUACCUGUUUGUACUUCUUUUUGGCGUAUUAUUUGACUUCCAUCAAUCCUGGGAAAUUCGGAGCUCGUAAAUCACCUUUCUUCAUUUUUAAGGGUUUAUUUUCACGUUUCUCCAACAAUGACACCCAGCCAUUGCAGAAUUUAGAUGAUAAAGUAGAAAGCGAUUUUAUCGAAUCACCUCCGCCGAACGUAGAAGCUACGAUACAAAUCAAAGAUCUGCAUAAAUACUAUGGACUCGUAUACGCGGCCAGAGGCGUUAAUUUGAAUAUUUACCAAGGUGAAAUGACCGCUCUGUUGGGACAUAAUGGCGCCGGAAAAACAACUACUAUGUCCAUUAUGACAGGAUUAACUUCUCCAAGUGCCGGAUCCAUACACUUCAGAAAUAUGGAUAUAUUCAAAAAUAUGGAGAAAUUUAGACAAAAUUUAGGAAUGUGUCCUCAAGAAAAUCGAACGAUGCCUUACUUAACGGUCCUGGAGCAUUUGGUGUUUUUUGGACAAUUGAAAGGUAUUUCGCGAAAAGCUGCUGUUGCUGAAGCUAAUGAAUAUUUAACCAUGAUGGAAAUGCAGUCGAAGAAAAAUGCCUUGGCUAAAGAACUGUCUGGUGGAAUGAAAAGAAAAUUGUGUUUAUCUAUUGCCUUGAUGGGGAAAGCUGAAGUCCUCAUAUUGGAUGAACCCACUUCUGGAAUGGAUGUACAGUCGAGAAGAAAAUUAUGGGAUUUGCUAUUGGAUAUGCGUGGAAAACGUACCGUUAUUUUCACAACGCAUUAUAUGGAAGAAGCGGAUGCUUUAGGAGAUCGUAUAGCGAUCAUGAAUCAUGGCGUUAUUGUUUGUCACGGAACUCCGAUAUUUUUGAAGAAAGCUUACGGUACUGGCUAUGAACUAACGAUUACCAAAAACGGCGGAGAUACAGCUGGUAUCGACGAUGUGAUUAAAAAUGUAUUGCCUGACGCUAGUAAAGAAUUUGAAUCACCCAUAGAAACCGUAUACAAACUGCCACUAACCGAAACUGGAAAAUUCCCAACGCUGUUCAAAAAUUUGGAAACUGAUAAGUCGCAUUUGGGUAUUAAACAUUUAGGAGUUGCUGCUACUACAAUGGAACACGUAUUUCUAAAAGUGGGCGGUGUUUCUAUUUAUGAUACGAAAUCGAUCAGAAACACUACGGUUACCGACUCCAUUCCCGGAUCAAAUUACCUGCGCUAUGUUAAAAACUCGUCUUUGUAUUUUCAACAAAUUAGAGCCAUAUUCAAGAAAAAAUACUUGUAUACGUCGCGUAAUCUGUUCAGCAUAUUCACCCGAAUUAUUUUACCAACUUUGAUCGGAUUUUUCUUGUUGAGUCUAUUAGAUAGUAUAGAUCUAUCGCCGGAACCACCUUUAGAUUUAUCAAUGUCUACCUAUCCCGGUUCUACAGUUGUAGUGAAGGAUAAUGUUCCCGGCUCUAAUUUUGCUAAAUACAUUCCAGAAUACGUUGCCGAAAAAGGAGGUGUAUUCAUUAAAGCCGACGCUUCUCCAAUCGAAAAAGAUUUACUCCAAUAUGCAGGCAAUAUUUUGAAAUAUAAUAAAGAUUAUAUAUCGGCUUUCGAAGUGAAUUCGUCGAGGAUUAAAAUUUUGAGUAAUCCACCUUUGAUACAUUCAUUUCCAAUAACAAUCACGACGUACUCGAAUGUGUUGCUUCGCAGUAUUACGAAUUCUACCCGCUAUCAAAUUGACACCAUCAAUUAUCCCGUGCAAAAACCACAAACACAAAACGAUGAGCCUGAUAAAAUGUGCGGAAAUUCCGAGUACGAAAUUCCCUUUUAUUUUAUGUGGUUUUUCGCACUGGCGUUUUACACGAUUGAUUUAACGUCUUUCUUCGCUGUAUUCGUGAACAUGGAACGAAUUGACGGAUUUCAACAUAUCCAAACUAUGUCGAAUGUAUCUUCAUUGGUAUAUUGGUUAGGCACUCUGAUGUUUGAUGUUACAUUCUUUUUGUUUGUAACUUUCCUCCGUGUCGGUGUUUUCAAAACUAUGAAUCAUUCGGCUUUCCUUGGUUUGGAUACAUCGUUUGGUGUGUUUGCAUUGAUUAUAAUUCUUUAUGGAAUUUCCGGAUUACUUUUCAUCUACGUUACCGGUUACCUAUCAAGCUCUAAAGAAGGGUCAUACACAUUACUUUUCAUCUUCAACAUGAUAUGUUGCAUAGUGAUAGCGAUAUUUUACGGAGUGGAUAAAUUGAACAUACAGAAUCAGUUGACAUUUUUCUAUAAAAUGUUAUAUUACGUUGUAAAAGGAGUAAUUUUAGUCGUCCCGACGUUGAAUUUUUCGUUAAUGUUCAUUAAAUUGAUGGUAAUUUACAACUCGAAUACAAUGUGUAUGUAUUGUUCAGAAGCCACAAAAGCGGCCUGCGAAAGCGCUUUUCAAAAGAAAUCGUAUUUGGUGUUUGCAUCAAGAGAAAAUUCGGACGGUUUACUGCUGGAGGUAUUAUUUUUGAUGUUCGAUGUCGUUUUAUAUUCCGCCAUUUUAUCCUUCAUCAAUAUCGGAUAUAUGCGUUAUUGGUUCAAUUCUUUGAAAAAUCGCAUGUUCGGAACCUUCACCACCAAUCCGGAUAAAGGCGAUUUCGACGUGCAACAAGAGUACAACAAAGUUCAACAGUAUAAAGAAGAUAGAUCGAACUAUGUUUUAAUGUCGAAACGCCAAAAGAAAAUAAUGAAAAAAAGCAAAUUAUCCGAUACGGAAAUGAGUGAAAAUGUUCCGCUGCGAGGAGGAAAUCAAGCUUCUUUGCUGGUGGAUGGAUUACGUAAAAAUUAUCUCAACUGGCUGAAACCGUUUACCGCUGUUUCUGAUGUGAAUUUCGUCGUCGAACCUGGAGAAUGUUUCGGUCUGUUGGGAGUUAACGGAGCCGGUAAAUCUACAACGUUCAAAAUGUUGACAGCUGAACUUGUACCUACCUUAGGGGAUGCUUAUAUUGAAACAAUUAAAUUGAGUGCUAAUAAAAUGCAGUAUUUAUCGAUGGCCGGAUAUUGUCCCCAAACCAACUGUUUCAUCGAAGAAUUGACCGGUAGAGAAAUGUUGAGCAUGAUUGCUACCAUGAGAGGCGUUUUUGAAAACGAAAAUAAAGUUCUAGUCGAUAAAUGGAUCAAUAUUAUAGGAUUGGAGGAAUUCCAAAACCAAAGAUGUGGCACUUACAGUGGAGGCAAUAAGCGAAAAUUAUGUACAGCGAUGUCAUUGAUAGGAGAUCCUAGAGUGGUUUUCUUGGACGAACCUACCAGCGGAGUGGACCCAGUUUCUAGACGUAAUUUGUACGACGUUAUGGGACAAAGUAAAGAAGCUGGACAAGCUGUGAUUUUGACUUCUCAUAGUAUGGAGGAAUGCGAAACACUAUGCGAUCGAUUGACGAUAAUGGUUUCCGGUGUGAUGAAAUGUAUAGGAACUACUCAACAUUUGAAGAAACAAUACGCGCAAGGAUUUUCGGUGUUGAUGAAAAUUAGAGACAUUCCAAAUUUCGACGAAGAAAUAGCUGCAUUAAAAGAAACCAUGUUGGAGAUAUUUACGACGGAAUAUUGUAUUCUAAAAGACGAGCACAGGGGGUUGCUGUAUUACCAAAUAAAAGAUACCUCUUUACCUUGGUCAGCCCUGUUUGAAAAAAUGGAAACUUUAAAGCAACGUCAUCACGAGUUGGUUGAAGAUUACAUUCUUACUGAUACUACUUUAGAGGAAGUUUUCAUCUCAUUUGCCAAAGAAUGCGCGUAUACGAAUAAGAAUUGAGAGUGAUUUGUUUUUUUCGGCCCGGUAAAUAAUAUUACGACAUGUCCACAUCGAGCUUUAUUUUCAUUUGUAUAUGUACAAUUUUUUUUAUUGAAACUUUACUUUUGUAAAUUAUAAGUACGCAUUAGUCAAGGGUAGAUCCCUUUCACGGUAUUGUUACCCUUUUGAUGCACACUAACAAAGUGAUUUAUUCAAUAAUUCCUAUUUUUGUAAUUUCUAUCUGAUAAUAUUUUCUAUGCGAGUGUUUACAUUUAUCUUUUUUAAUUACGGAGGUGGUUAAACCUCGAACUGUGAUAUGUACUCAUUGAGUGAGUACGGAAUUGUACCAAUGUACUUAAUCUGCUUUUGAGUAGAUUUCAUUAUUUUAUUAUUACGUUUUUGAAAAACAGCAUUUGUUCGAGUUUCAGAGAAAUUUAAAUCAUGAUAAUAAUUUAUUUUAGAAAAAUGUUUUGUACUUUAACUUCUGAUUGAUUAAAUUAUUAUAAAUUAAGGUUUAAACUGAUGUAAGUGUUUCGUUGCAUUUAUCUAUUUUUUUUCAAUCCUAGCUGAUUUCCUUUCGAUGCUUGUUAUUUAUUUUUUUUAAAUUAUUCGCGUUUGAAAGAGCAUUUUAUUACCUAUUUAUUUUAUAUCAACUUUCUUUUGAAAUUGUGAAAUUAUAAUACAAUCUUCAUUUUAAUUCUAUCACGUGUAUUUGUGCGAUGAAUUACAUUAUUUUGUACUUACGUUGUAUGUAAAUAUCGUUGAUGAUGUAGAUCUCUAGACGCUGGUGACAAUACGAUUUUAAAAUCGAAUUUCUUCUGUUUUUACGUUUGAUGUACGCUGAGAUGGCAACUUUUUUUAAUCGAAAAAUCCUCCAUGAAAAAUGCCGUAAAAUAAGUUGCCUACUCAGUUCGCCGUAAAUACGCUUUAUUAAAAUAAUGAAAUUGACGUCAACCAAUUUUGCAUGUGUUUGUUUUUUGUUCUAACUAAGAAAAUAUUGGCUACGUAAUAUUAUCUGGAAAAAAUCACUUUCGCUUUCUUGUUCUUUA